AUGGCUAGAUAUAAAAUCACCUGCUUGAUAUUGCAUGAAAAUACCCGGAGUUUAAACCUUACAUUCCACAAUGUCAUUAGUAACGAGUUGACAUCUACGCCUCAAACCCGCCACGGCCUGAACCCAGCAAACAAACAGCCAAAUGCCGAGGUGCCUGUAUCGACACAGGAAGAUCUCGAUCACGCCGUUGCCGCAGCCCCGACGGGAUUCAAGAAAUGGUCCAAGGUCCCCCUGGAAGCGCGUCGUGCGGCUCUACUCGCCUAUGCCGAUGCGCUGGACGCACAUAAAGACCAAUUCACCCAGCUUCUGACUCAAGAGCAAGGGAAGCCACUCAGCCAGGCAUCGACUGAAAUAGAUUUCUCUGUGGUGUGGAUUAAGGGUGCCGUUGAAGUGAAACUCACCGAUACUGUCAUCGAGGAUAGCAAGGAGCAGACGAUCAUCCAGAGAUACACGCCGCUGGGUGUUGCGGCUGGUAUCGUUCCAUGGAAUUACCCCAUCAUUCUUGCAAUUCAGAAGGUUAUUUCCGCGGUUUACGCGGGGAACUGCAUCAUCAUCAAGCCUUCGCCAUACACACCGUACUAUGAUCUGAAGCUCGCCGAGUUGGCGACGCAGUUCUUCCCGCCGGGUGUCAUUCAGGCGUUGAGUGGUGAUGAUGAUCUGGGUCCGAUGAUUACUGCGCAUCCCGGGAUUGACAAAAUCUCCUUUACCAGAUCAACAGUGACUGGAAGAAAAGUCAUGGCGAGCUGUGCGCAGACACUUAAACGGGUGACGCUGGAGUUGGGAGGGAAUGACCCGGCUAUUGUUUGCGAGGAUGUUGAUAUCGAUGCUGUAUUGCCCAAGAUCGGAAUCUUCACCUUCCUCACCUCGGGUCAGAUCUGCGUCAGCAUAAAGCGCAUCUACGUGCACGAAAGGAUAUAUGACGAAUUCUGCGACAAACUAGUCGCCUUCGCUAAAUCACUGAAAAUCGGCGCGGGGACGGACCCAGAUACCUUCUUCGGACCUAUUCAGAAUGCCAUGCAGUACGAGAAAGCAAAGGACCUGAUCGGAUCCAUCGCGAGCGAAAACCUCACCAUCGCGCUGGAUGGCAAGAUAGAGGGACCGGAGGGAUAUUUCAUCCACCCCGUGAUUGUCGAUAAUCCGCCGGAGACGUCUCGCGUGGUUGUCGAGGAGCCAUUUGCGCCAAUCAUUCCCUUAAUGAAAUGGUCUGAGGAAGACGAUAUGAUCGCGCGUGCCAAUGAUACGGGUAUGGGACUGGGCGCGUCUGUCUGGGGUAAGGAUGCGGAGAAUUGCUGA